CGGGAAGACCACCCACAAGAUGGACUGACGACAUAAAGAGGAUUUGUACCAACUGGAUUGCAGCAGCGUAGGAUAGAUCUGAAUGGAAGUUUUUCGAGGAGGCCUAUGUUCAGCAGUGGACGACUAUGGGCUGAUGAUGAUGUCUAUGCACUCUGUUGUGGUAUAUGCCAGGAAAGAAAAAAAUAUACACUCUCGGUUUUUAGUACGCAUGACCAAAACGGUAUAGAUGAAAGUACUGGCGAAAAAUGUAAACCAGUGAUUGUAUCAGUCUCAGAAUAUAACCGUACCAAAUGUGAUGUUGACGAAAUAUACAAACUCUGUUCUAGUUAAAAUUGUUCAAGAAAUACUCUAAUAAUUGAUGGAUUCGAUGGCUGAAAUUCGAUGGCCCAAAUGGCUGAAACGGGAUAGGAGCACCCAGUACAGAAAACGAGAUAUUAUAGCUGUUUAUCUUAAAGUAUGUCAUUCAGAAUUACAUUAUAGAUUAGAUAAUAUAGAAUUUGACAUCCUAGAUUCUAAAGUAAGAACUGAAGUAGAUAAUAUAAUAGACAAAAAAUUUAAUACACAGUGUAAAAAACUAAAUAAUCUAAUUGGCAAUAGUAAAAAACUUAAUACUCAUACAAGAAAUUUUUCACAUCAUAGUUUUUUCAAUAGAUUUAUAAACUUAACAGAUACUGAAUUCAAUAAUAGUGAGAUAGAACUUUUAGAUAAAGGAUUCAAACACAACUUGCCUCAACAUAAUAAUCAAAAAAAUUUAGAAUAUUGAGGUGUAGAAUGUGAAGUAGUGUUAAACAAAACUGCUAAGAACAUAGAGAAAAGUAUCAUUGCAAAAUCUAUUACCGAUGUAUGUAGUGAAACUAAUAAUUCCUGUUACAAAGAAAACUAAAUAGCCGUUUCAAUUAAAAAUAAAUCAAUAAAACAUGAGAUAAUAUUUACAAAAGCAGACAAAGGUAACGCUACUAUUGCUAUUGACAAAAGAGACUAUAAUAACAAAACAAUAUAAUUUUUAACUAACCAAAACAGUACACCACUAAACAAAGAUCCCACAGAAAAAUACCGAAAACAAAUUAAACUAGCCAUUGAAAAUUCAAAAUCAAUACUAAAUCCAACAGAACAGAAAUACCUUAAUAUUAUGAACCCACAACCUCCUAAAUUAUACUCUUUUAUUAAACUACACAAACCUGACCACCCAAUAAGACCUGUAGUUUCGUUUUAUACAGCUCCGUCAUAUAAACUUAAAAAAAAACUGUCAGAUAUUAUUACAGAAUACACUAAAUUUUCAGCAAAAUGCACCGCAAAAAAAUACACUAGAACUAGUUAAUAAAAUACAACAUUUUCAAUUGCCCAACAACUCCAGACUAAUUUCAUUUGACGUAAAAAAUCUUUUUCCUAAUGAUCCUCCCACAGAAACUUUUGUUUUAGUUAAAAAUCUUUUAGACCAUAAUAGUACAAAUCCGAUCAUUGCAUCUGAAAUUUUACACCUCCUUGAAAUUUACAUAAAUCAAGACCAUUUUGAAUUCAAUAAUCAAAUAUACACAAACAACAGUGCAGGACUGAUUAUGGGUAAUCCUCUAAGCCCAUUACUAUCAGAUAUAUUUAUGAACCAACUUGAAACAACAAUUUCUGAACAUCCCGUAUUUAAACAGUUCUUAUAUUGGUUGAGAUACGUGGAUGAUAUACUAGUAUGCUUUACAGGAACUAACAGACAACUUGACCAAUUUCUAUCAUCCAUUAAUUGACUUCAUAGUAAUAUUGAGUUUACAAUAGAAACAGAACCGAAUAAUUCCAUAAACUUUCUAGAUAUAACGAUUACCAGACUACACAACAAACAUGAGUUCUCCGUAUAUCAUAAACCUACCCAUACUGACACAACUAUACACAAUUCAUCAUCCCAUCCUACACAACACAAAUUAGCAGCCUACCAUAGCAUGAUACAUAGACUGACAGAAAUUCCCAUGACAAAAAAUAACUUCGAGAUAGAACUAAACAUCAUUAAACAAAUAGCAGUAAACAACGGCUAUAACGAACAAACAGUUAACAACAUUUUAAAUCAAAAACUCAAUAAGAAAGCCCUGGAAUUAGUGUAUCCACCACCACAGAAAGAACCCAGAACCUUCUGCUCUCUCACAUAUACUGGCAAGAUAACAACAAAAAUAGCCAGAUACAUAAAAAAGAAAGGAAUAAUACCAGCUUUCAGAACUAACAACAACUUAAGCAAAUAUAUUAAGAACAAUAAAAGCCGAAAAAGAAAGCAACUACAGAGUGGUGUGUACAAACUAACUUGUGGUGACUGUCCGAAAACGUACAUCGGUCAAACUGGCAGAACUUUUGACAAACGGAUAGCAGAACACAAAAGGGCUUUCAACAAUAGAAAUACAGACACUUCUACAUACGCACUUCACCUUCUAGAUCAUAAUCAUUCUUUCAAUGAAAAGUUUCAAAUUCUGCAUAUCCAAAAUAAAGGCCUUAAGCUAUCUUUUUUAGAAUCUAUGGAAAUUAAUAAACUGAAAAAUACAGAUAUAAUUCUGAAUGAACAACUCGAGACAAACAGCUCUCUACUCCUCAACCUCUUCAGUUAGAGACUUAAAAAGGCAAACACAUUGUAAAUUAUAUCACUUGAGAAAGGCACUCUGCCGAAACAGCUGUAGUCCCAUAGUUCUAAAUAAUAAAUUUUGUGGAAGUAUAGAAAACACAA